AUGAAUGAAACCGACCCCCAUUUCGAACACAAUCCACGGCAUAGUUCAGGUACACGGCUGAGUAUGCCCGUGGCAACGCAAGUACCAACAACGACAAGCACCAUUCCAGCGACUCAAGCAUACAAUCAACUCGACAAUGAGCUGCCGUCAACCAUUUGGACGCGCAUUAUCGAUCGCUUUCGAUAUGGCAAGCUCAUGUUAGUGGGUAGUGGUUUCGUUGGUGUUUUGGCGGUCAUGUUUAUUGUUCUCGGUUCGCUGGAUGUGUUUCACAAUAAUCGAUAUCGUUCGGCAUUGGGAUUGGGCCCUUCUUCCGGUGAUCACUCGAAAUUCGAAGGCGAUAGUUGGGGAUCCGUAUCAGCAGAUCACUUUGAUUUGCAUGGAAAAGGCGAUGGCACGUACUAUGAUCCAGGAGUUGGCAUUCUAUCAUGUGGAACCAGGUUUACUGCUCAAGAUAAUGUGGUUGCCUUGAAUCACGUGGAUUAUGGUGAAUACGUCAAUCCAAAUGAAAGUCCAGUCUGUGGUGCUUGUAUCAAGAUCACUGGACCACUCGGAUCUGUAAAAGCUACUAUACAAGAUAUGUGCCCUCAAUGUGGUCAAGGUUCACUCGAUCUUUCUCCCGCCGUCUAUGGCCAAGUGGGCGAUUUCGUUGAGGGACGGAUACCAGUUUCUUGGGAUCCAUGCUAA